UACUCUCAUUAACCACCAAAGAUCUUCCUCUUAAUUCCUCUUGUCCAAAGCACCAGAAAAAAAAAGCUAAAGAGACAGACUCCCUCACAAAACAAAGCCUUUUGGUAUUUGAGAGAUCAUAUGGCGGAAGUGGCUGCUAAGGAGGAACCGAGUACGGCGGCAGCAAUGACAACGGCGACGAUGAUCGACGAAGCGUACGAGUUCUUGGCGCCGCGGUUCUACGAUUUCGUGAAGGGAGAGAGUGAAGAGGACGUGCAAAAGGCCGAGCUCUGGUUCGACUCCGCUCUCGCCUACGCCCCGUCCCCUUGUAUGCCUAGAAUCAGGACUGGUAGGUCUUUUACAGUUGAGAGCUUAUGCAAUUUCAAUGAAACAGACCAAAUGCAAAAGAAAUCAGAGUCAUCAGAUUCAGAAGCUGCUGAUAAUAACAAAGAAACUAAGCCUAGACUUGAGCCUGUGCCAGCUGAAUUCAAGGAACAAGAAGUGACACCCACCGAGGCGAAAGAAGAAAACAAUGCCAAUGUGAUUUCUGCUGGUAAGGUCACAAGUGAAGAUGACAAAGGGCAAGGUGCAUGCACUCAAGAAAAUGGAAGGGAUUCUGCUGGAAGAACCUCCUCUUCCAGUGUAAAGAUAGAAGUGAGUGACGAUAAGUUGAAUAGUAAAUCCAGUGUUCAUGUAGGAACUGAAGCUUGCACACCUAAGCCGACAAUGACGUCUCAGAAGGUAGGCCGGGUGACAGAUUCCAAAAAGCACCAGACAGCUAAAAAGAUAGCUAGUUUGGUUAGGAACCCAUCAGCACUGAAGCCUAAAAGUCAGUUGCAGUCAUCGCAAGCCAAAAGUAUCAAACCAUCAAAUGUGAAAAGGGACACAAAUGUGAAAAACUCUGUUGGGACUCCCAACCUAGCUCAAGAUAACCAGGCCAUUAAGCGACAGAAGUUGGAAGGAGGAAGAACUAGACAGAUACUAAAUGUCAAACCUCAGCAUUUUCCCCACAAGUCAAAACUUGGUCUUACUAGUGGUACUUCCAACUUAUGCGCUUCAACUGCUAACAAAACUAAUAAAGAGGACAGAAAGGUUUAUGUACGGGAACCUGCAAAACCAUUUGUUUCAAUGGCAGAAAUGAUGAGGAAGUUCCAAUCAAGUACCAAAGACAUGUCACUGCCACAUGUUGAUGCUGCUUCUAAACUAACAUUGACAAGGCCCAAGGAACCCGAAUUUGAAACUGCUCAACGGGUUCGCUCAACUAGGGUAAAAAGUACUGCGGAGCUUGAGGAAGAAAUGAUGGCGAAAAUUCCAAAGUUCAAAGCACGACCACUAAAUAAGAAGAUUCUCGAAGCUCCAACACUACCCACAAUACCGAGAAGUACACCGCAGCCACCAGAAUUUAAGGAAUUCCGUUUGGAGACCAUGGCAAGGGCCAAUCAGAAUGCAGAAUCAGCUUCUGUAGCUUCGACAGAAGUGUCCCAUCAGAAUAAUCCAUGGAAGCCUCAUCUGACUACACCUAAAACCCCUGUACUUCAUACAUCAUUGAGGGCCCGUCCCCCCAAGGUGAAAACCUCUUUUGAAAUUGAGCAGGAGGAGCUUGAAAAAAUUCCUAAAUUCAAGGCCAGGCCUUUGAAUAAGAAGAUCUUUGAAAGUAAAGGGGAAUUGGGGUUGUUCUGUCAUGCAAAGAAACAUGUAACCAGGCCUCAAGAAUUUCAUUUUGCAACGGAUGAGAGGAUUCCGCCGCCUGCCGCUGUUGUUGAUUUGUUUGACAAGCUUUCUUUGAAUUCAGAACCUUGCCAUGACAAUCCCGUUGUAAGAAACACUACUCCAAAUCCAUUCCAUCUUCACACGGAGGAAAGAGGGGCCGAGAAGGAGAGGAGAUUUGUUAUGGAACUCGUGCAUAAGCAGUUGGAAGCGGAAAGAGCUAGGAUUCCAAAGGCUAACCCAUAUCCUUAUACCACUGACUAUCCUGUGAUUCCACCAAAACCAGAGCCCAAGCAAUGCACUAAACCAGAGCCUUUCCAGUUGGAAAGUCUGAUGAGGCAUGAGGAGGAAAUGCAGAGGGAAAUGGAUGAAAGGAGGAGGCUAGAGAAAGAAGAAGCCCAGAUGAGAAUUUUCAAGGCGCAGCCAGUUUUGAAAGAGGACCCUAUUCCAGUUCCAGAGAAAGUGCGCAAACCCCUCACUCAAGUUCAGGAAUUUAAUCUCCAUGUAGAUCAUCGAGCUGUGGAUAGAGCAGAUUUUGAUCAAAAGAUUAAGGAGAAAGAAAUGAUGUACAAGAGAUACAGAGAAGAGAGCGAGGCAGCACGGAUGGUUGAGGAAGAAAAAGCCUUGAAACAACUGAGAAGGACAUUGGUGCCCCAUGCAAGACCAGUCCCUAGUUUUGACCAUCCUUUCUAUCCCCAAAAGUCUUCCAAGGAAAUAACGAAAGCAAAGUCACCAAAUUUGUGUGUGCUCCAGAGAAAAGAAAGGCGAAAAGUGGUCAGAAGCGUGGCUGAUGCAGUUUCGAGUGCCGCCGCUCAUAUGAGAUGAUGAUAACUCUCGUGAGCUGGAAAAGUUAAGUGUUCAAGAAUUCUUGAACCCCUGCAUGCAGAGGGCUAUACAGGUUUUUAGGUACUCUCUCCACUUUGUUUCAGCGUCUGUUGUUGCCAAUAUUAUGUAAUAUCAUGUAAAUUUGUUACCUUGGAAAAAAAAUAUGUAGUUCCUAUUGAACGAACAAUUCAAUUUUAUUUUAUGUUUCCGUCUCUAAACUUUCUUAAAGGGUCACACUCGUAGUGUAAAAUAGGAAAAAAAGAGGUUUGUGUGAACAUUUUCU